CACCGCACCGCCGCCAGUCAGUGUUGCUCGGUCCGCCCAGCGAGACGGUCUCGGCACAGCGCGUGCGCUCGGUCAUGGUGUUCUCCGUUCCCGCGGUGUUCCCGACUUCGGCGUUGUUUUGUUUACAAUCCGCGCAUCGUCUGCAGUGUGACACCGCCCCCUGACGGGCGCCAGUUUAGUGAAUUCGCCGCACAGCCCGACCGCUGCGCGGCUAGUGAAGUGUGUGUGGCAUUCCCCCAGGCGGGGCUAGUUGAAUUUAGUGAAUCUUGUGACGUCUGCUGCUGCUGUUGUUAUUGUUUUGUUGGUGGAGCAACAAACAGUGUCGUGCAUCCGUGGCGUGAGGCCGCGGCUUUUUCCAGUGGUGUGAUUCCCAGAAGCAUCGUGGCGUCCUCACGGUACCAGGACUACCGCACUGGCUGCGUGCCGGGCCGGAGCCUGCACAAGCUGAAAUGCGCGUACGCGGAGGCGGGCGCCACCCUCAGCCAUAGCCUGAGCCACAGCCUGAGCCAGGGCUUCAGCCAGGGCCUGAGCCUGAGUCCCGGGCUGGCCGCGCUCGCCGGCACCCUGGCCGGGUACGAGCCCCUGAGCGAGGUCGCCGAGGAGCAGGACAAGGACUGCAGCACCGAGAAGCAGGAGGAGCUGCUGUUCUACAACGAUGACGGCUCCCCGCACGCCGCGCAGUCCGUGCUCGUGGAGCGCAACCUGCGCUCGGCCGACCUGUGCUCCGUGCUGGCCGUCAAGAACCGCGUGGCCAAGGACGUGCACUGGACGCUGUUCGAGCACUGGCCGGAGCAGGGCCUCGAGCGGAGCCUGGAGGACCACGAGGAUGUGCUGUCGGUGCACCGAGACAUGCAGAGCUUCUGCAAGUACUCGGAUCGGCGCUUCGUGUUUCGGAAGGACUACCGCAAGUACGAGUUCUUCGCCGACCCGCAGCAAUUCUUCCCGCCCGACAUGGUGGUGGACUUGGAAGGCCAGGAGGAUUCCGGAGGCGGCUCCGUCUACAACUACUCCGUUGCCCUGCAGACGGCGCUGGCCAACGCGGACGACAGCCCCACCAUCCUGACGCAAGUGUGGGUGCGCGACUCACACAAGCAGGUGUGGGCCAAGGCUUUCCUGCUGCUGCGAGACCGCUGCCUCUACAUCUCCUACAAGUUUCAGGUGCUGGCCAAGUUUCUGCGCGAGAACAGGCGCGUGGACCCGUCGCUGCUGACGUACAGCACCCACAAGGGCGAUGUGGACGCGCACGGAGGCGUCCAGCUGCUGUGCAGCCUGCGGGACUACACGGUGUACUCGUGCCUGAACGCGCGCAACCAGCUCCGCGCGCCCACCGAGUGGGGGCUGUGCCUGCGCCCCACGGCCCAGCACGCCGAGCGCGACAACGACCACAGCCCGGCCGGCACCGGCAUCGCGGCCACCAAGUGCCUGGCCUGCGACUCGGAGCACGUCCGCACGUGCCUGCUCACCGCCAUGAGGCUCGCCAAGUAUGGCCGCCAACUCCGGGAGAACUACCGCUCCUUCAAGAACAAGCAGGCGGAAAGCAUCAAUACGAAGGACUACAACAGCUACACCGUGCCCAUUGAGAGUGUUCGGUCCAGAGUGGCCAUGGACUUCACCGGCGCGGUGGGCCGCAUCGUGGAGGACCCCAAGGAGGCCAAGGCGAUCGCAGCGGCCGAGGGCUACUCCUGGAAGCGGCGCUGGCGGCGGAACCAGGUGCUGGGGCACGCCGGCGUGGCCGAGGGCACCGUGCGGGUGGCGCUGGGGCUCGAGUCGGGCAUCCACACGACGCAGCCCUGGUUCCACUCCGGCAUGACCCGGGAGCAGGCCGCCCAGCUCGUCAGCAGACACGGCACCGUGGACGGCGUGUUCCUGGUCCGCGACAGCCGGAGCACGCCGAGCGCCUUCGUCCUUACCUUCAAGUGCGCCGGCAAAGUCCUGCACACGCAAAUUCAACCGGUGGUGGACCCCGUCCGCGACGCCAUCUGCUACUCGCUGGACUCCGGCGUCACCAAGUUCUACGACGUCCUCCAACUGGUCGAGUUCUACCAGCUCAACGCGGGCUGUCUGCCCACGCGGCUCACCCACUACGUGGUGCAGUCGCCGGCCUUUCACAACAACAACAACAAUAACGCGAGCAGCAGUGUGUCGGGCAGCAACAACAACAACAACCUGAGCAGCUCGAGUAACUUGAGCACGACGAGCAGCGGUGGCGGCAGUCGCAGCAGCAGCACCCCGAGCAGCCCCUGCGCGUCGUUCCGGGGUUCGGGGGCGCCGCUGCUGUCGCCGGACACGACGGGGCCGCCCUGCGCCUCCUUCUGACACCACAACGCGGCCCCGCCCUCGCGGUGCGCGGGCCUGGCAGGGGCCUCAGGGGCCCAGCACGGCCACCAGCACAGCCACCAGCCGGGCCACAACCGCCAGUACUGGCUGAUCGUGGACCACAAUAACAACGUCACCUGAGUGGCUCGUGUCUCGUCUCACUGACUGUUGUAUUUAUUGACUAAUCGGUGUAUACUUCUGAUGUACCUUAUUUCAAUUGUUGUCGCUGUGUUCCCUCGCUUGUGUCACGUCGAGAUUCCGCCCCUCGUGGGGCAGACACGUCGAGGAUGCGCGUGCUUCUGUCGGUGAGCGUUUCUGCCCGUUGGUCAGAGCGGACGAACCUCGCUGUUUGAAAGCCAGUUGGGUUUCAGUAGUGAUGUGUGUUAGAAACUUGGUUAUCAGUUACUGUUCCACUACAUCACUGGGAGUUGUCGAAUUUGCCAUGGUGCACUGUCUUAAUUAUGAUCAAUUUUUAACAUCACAAAACUUGUACCAGUUCACUCCCUGUAAGGACUGUUUCGUUGUAGGUACUGUAUUUAUUGACUUCUAUUAGAAAUCUUUCUACUAAUUUUAGGUAUUUAUCUGUCAGUGUAAGUAUUUAAUUGUAAGGCUGAACACUUGAUAUUUGACAGAUUAUAGUUGUGCUAAGUGAAAUUGAAUUUUUAUUUUGAGGUAUGUAGCAGUACUUGUUUCAUACAUUGUGAUUUAGUGUGUGAACUCAUGAGGGUAACUGGGGACUAAGUAGUCAUUGCCAAGUUUAUUUCAGGGUAGUACAUUCCCUGUUGAGAAUUUGAAGUGCAUUUGAUGCCUUGCAGUUAUUUAGACAUCCGAGAAGUAUAAAACUAAAUGUAUUUUGAUUAUAAACUAGAAAUUAUCUUAAGUAUGCAGAUUAUAAUGGUAUUACUUCAGCAACAGCACUUAUUAGACACAGUAAUUAAUUUAAAUGUUACUAAAUGUUUGCUGAAGAUAUGCAAGAAAUUUUUAAUAUUCUAGUGCUUUGGGAAAAAGUUAUACUUAGUGUAUCUUUGCAUUCAUAGACCAUUCAAAUAUUUUGUCACUGUCCUAAAAAUUUUAUUUUUUCGAAAGAAAUGAAAUGUUUACAAUAUUUAAAUCUACUGAUGCUUUUAGACAAGUUCAUUGUGUUAUCCUGAAAACUUGUGAGCAAUGUAUCAUUCAGUCACCUAGUCAUCGUUUAUGACAGUUUUAUUCCCUUUCUUUGUUAGAAUAUUCAUUGCAAAUUAAGUUAACCAUCUCGUGUUUAUUCUGCAGGCUCAGGCAUUUUCGUCUAAGAAGUUUUGCCUUUGGUCUGUUGUUAGUUAAGUCCUCGUUCUGGUUCCUAUCAUUUCCCUCCUGACAUCUAGCUGCACGUUUGUUAUCUCUUCUGCAUUUCUCAAUGUGCAUAGAAAUGUUUCUAGUGUGAAUUUGCAUUAAUUUAAUUUUUAUUUAUUUGGUUUUCUUUUGUAGGUUAUUGUAAAUUUAUUUUAAAUGAAAAACAGGUGCUUCUCAAGUUAGGGUGGUAACACAGUCAGUCGAUUCGUGUCAUACUUCUACUGUAAUAGGUUUCUCGCCAAAGAAGCUUAACCAAAGCAAUAUAAAUGUCCUGAUUCCCAGAUGAAAAUAAUGCCUGUUUUCUAAGAUUUUAGCCCCAUUGUCACUGCAAGUUAACAUGUAGAAAUGCCAUGUUCAUUCUCUGAUUUUCUACUUUUUUACCUUGUGGGAUGUUUGUCGUCAUUUAGCGUGAGAGUGGAAGAGGUCGAGUGUUCUCACAAGUGGAAGAACUAACUCUUAAAUGAAAUUAUUUUAUGUUUACUGAUUUCAAGGAGUAUUUCAUUUAACUUUAACAUUGAGUCGAUUGAAGUCAAGCCUUUUGCUUUUAAUAUUUUGAGGCUUACCAUGUACUUUUCUGUUGCUGGUGCUUAGUAUUAAUUUGUGAGAGUCCUUCUUCGACUGUGAUUAUGCCUUUCUGCUUGAAUUAAUCACAUUUAUCUUCAACCACCCGAUUUAAGUUAUUCAGUAUUAUUAGAGUUUAAAAAAAGGGGAAUUGUUAAAUGAGUAAAGACUGUGAUUAGUCUAACAAAUCUAGAAAGCUGUUAGGCCGUUCCAUUCUACUGUAUGUGGAUGGAGCAAUGUACCUGUAUCAAAAGCGAUAUGUGUUAGUAAUGUAAUUUACUUUGAGAGCCAUUUGAAUUCACUUAUCAAACUCUCUUUCCUUUACUUGGAUUCCCAUUGAAAGCAGCAAUAAUUCUGUUUUGCUUGAUGCUGGACAGAUAUUUAAGGAUCUUCAUUUUUCUUGCACUGGUUUAUACUAUUUAAUGCCUUACGUCAUCCAACACCUAUGCUGUCCUUGUUAUUUCUCUUUAACAUAAGACAGAUCAUCUUGUUAGAAGGAUAUGUAUCUCAAAAUCUCCAGAUGAUCAUUGGUGCUGAUUUCUUUGUGACUUACCACCAUGUAUAUGCACUUCUUUUGUGUACUUUUCAGAUAUUUAUGUAAUAAUGUAGGAAACAAAGGUCUCUGUUGUGAUGCUUUCAUUUCGACUUAUCUAAAGUUAGAUUGUUGAUUGACUGAAAUACUUUAAAUUUACAAUAGACUCUCGUUGUCUUAUGUCAAAUAUCUCAAGUUUCUUCUCGAUUUGAGUGAAGCAUCCAUUUAUAACGCUAGAAACUGAAGAAAGAGGGCUGAAAUAAUUUGUUGUAUAAAUUGAAGUUCACAGAGUUUGGCAUCUGAUGGAAAAAGUCCCAGUACCAGCCCUUUCUUAAUUUAUGGACUCCCAAGGACAGAGACUGAUAUCAAUUUAUAUUAUCAAUAUUAUCUUGUAAUGUCUUCAGAACCAACAGGGUUAGCCUCUAAAAUCCAAUCUAAUCUCCAACAAGAUAUUACACAUCUUGUCUCUUGUUUGCUUUGUAGGUGAAGUUCAGCUUUUAUGAUUGGGAACUUUUUGUGAAGAAUAUUUAAUUUGGAAUCUUUAAUGUGUCAUCUUUUUAGUAAUGGAAAUUUAUUGGCAAUGGUCCGCAAAUGUGGCCACAGCUGCAAAAAUAGAGCUCUGCACUUCCAUUCUUUUCUAGUCGGAACCCAAAGUGUUGUAUAAACUCAACGAGUAGAUACCUUGCGGGUGUCAGUGCCAAGGCUGUGCGGAACGUAAUGGUCACUUGUAUAAUGAAUUUUCAUCUAAAACAUUAUACUUAUUGUUGUUAUUGUUAAAGCUAAUGAUGGGAAAUAAACCUUUUCCAAAUUUGUAAAAAAGAAACUCGAAAAAAUACUACAAAAAAGAAACAAGUGAGGGAAAGAAAUAAAUUUUCUCUUUAUACAGCGUU